AUGCCCUUCACUAUCUCAUCGCCUUCCUCGUUGGGCCAAUUUAUCUGACAUGCCUCGAGCAUGCCUAUUUUCUUCCGAGUCAUUCAUAUCCCCAACACAUUCAUCUCGUCGUUCCGACUCCGAAUCAGAACCAGAACCCAAUUCUAGCCAACCCGAACCAGUCAAUCACUUAGCUUGGUACGGAGCUGGGAAAACAAAACAACACGGUAGCCAUGUAUGUCACCGAACCGUCGGUUGCACAACGGGGCAUGUAUAUGUCGAUACCCCUGGUAUAAGUCAAAAAGGUACCAUUCAGAAGAUGAAGCCUCGCCAAUUUUCACCAAUGAAUGCUGUGGUACAAGGUCGGUUUGGUAGCGCGUUUACGGAUUUUUGCUGUCAACGGCGGGAUUAAGGUUAAGUAUAGAGCACAGCAGGACGCCAUUGACCGCCUCUCCACGCCAAAACUACACCCAAAUCUUCCUUGAUGCAGUUGAUAUGCAACUCAGACGUAGAUCGGUAGUCACGCCUCAUUGGGGCGUUUUGCGGUGAACUGGGUAUGUACAACUCGGCAGGAACUAGUCCGGUUCUUCUAUACGCAUGGCGCUCUCACAUCCCUCACAAGACUUGCCACGCCAUGUGCUCCUCGCACGACGAUGUAUGACAGUGAAUCUAUUUGAGAGGUGAAGAGAUUCGACGUCAGUCUGUUUAAGGCUAAGGGACGGGCCACGCUGGCCGUGAAUCACAAGGGAUUUAGUUAUUGUGAGAGCUUCUUCAGGAAGGCAACCGACAUCCUCCAAGCUCCCUUUCCUGGCGGCAACGGUACGAUGCAGGUAUGUUGUGCGGACAGGGGAUGGAAUACAAUCCAAAGUGGAGAGCCAGAAGUGUCAUUUGACUAGGAAGUAAUGUUGAGAUGAAUGAGCUGGGUCUACCUGGAUGGAGUGGGAGUCAACAGAACAUAAAGACUGGGUAAUGCACUUGUUUCUGUGACCCAUAAGUCAGUCUCCUAUCACUCCUCUUGACCUCCUUUGAGUCAGGCGGCCAUUGCUCGCUCUCGAUAGUGAAUAACUAUAACCUCACCUUCACUCUUUACCUUGUGCUCCCGAGUUAUGUUAUAGAUAGUAUCUAGAGUAUGUUUUUUUUUCUGUUAUGAAACACAAAUUUGCAACGAAGGAUCCAAGCGGUCUCCACUUUAGAGUCCGUGCUGACAAGUGGCUAGUCUUGACUAUGAUGUUCCUCGCAGCUUUCCUCAUCACCUUGGGAGUACUCCUAACCCAGAACUCUCACGGUACAUUGGCAAUGGCAUCAAAUCCCGUAGGAGGAUGUUGGAGAGAUACUCCGUGUACCGGCCCUGCUACUGCAGCAUUUCCAGGAAGCUGGGACAAAUACAAUUAUUCGCCCACCAGCCGAACCCUCGCACCUGCCAAAAUAUACUCGGCCACCAAGCAAUACAUCGCAGACUAUCCCUUCCCGCUGAAUUUCAAGGGCAACAAUCAGAUUCUGAUUUUUGAUUUUGGUGUGGAAACCGGCGGCAUAGUGCACAUCAACUAUGCGGCCAGAGGAUCCGGGCAAUUGGGUUUGGCAUUUUCCGAGGCGAGAAAUUGGACCGGGACAGACUCUGAUAGUACCAAUGGCUCUUUUCAACCAGACGGUGCCAUCUAUGCGGAUAUUACGCCUACUACCGAGGCAAACUAUACCAUGCCAAUUGACAAAAUCCGGGGUGGAUUCCGAUACUUGACUGUCUUCACUAAAUCCAAUAACGCUGCUGGCCAUAUCGAAGUCGACAUUUCGGAUAUCUAUGUGGAAAUCGGUUAUCAGCCUGCAUGGUCCAACUUGAGAGCUUACCAAGGAUAUUUUUCUUCGAGCGACGAUUUGCUCAACAAGAUUUGGUACGCUGGUGCUUUUACCCUCCAAACAAAUGCAAUUCCACCGAGCACUGGGCGCGUGUUUCCCAUUUUGAAUGGUGGAUGGGAGAACAAUCAGCAGUUGAAUAUCGGGACUAACGAUCCUACGAUAUAUGUUGAUGGGAGCAAGCGGGAUCGAACUGUCUGGCCGGGAGAUCUCACAAUUGCUAUCAUCAGUAUCUUGGUCAGCACCGGUGAUACUGCUGGAGUGAGAAAUACCCUGCAGGUCUUGUACAAUGAUCAGGUGAGUUUCACGUGCCGUUUCUCGUUUUCAUCAUGGCUGAUUGUAUAGGCUGUCGAUGGCGGUCUCCCAUUUGCAGGCCCCGGUAUCAACAUCUACAAUUCUGACACAUAUCAUAUGGCCACUCUCAUUGGUACACAUGACUAUUUCUUGUAUACCAAUGAUAAGGCCUGGUUGUCCGGAGUUUGGGAUAGAUACAAGAAGGCCAUGGCUUUCAUCACUGCAAAAGUCGACAACACAGGUUCCAUCUACGUUACUGGAACGGAUGAUUGGGGUCGCGUUGGCCAAGGUGCUCACAACACAGAAGCUCAGAUGAUCAUGUACAAAACUUUGGUCACUGGAAGCUCGUUGGCUACCUGGCAGGGAGAGGCCGAUUUGGCAAAGAAAUGGACGGACCAAGCUGCUACAAUCAAGGGACAGAUUAACUCGGUCUAUUGGGAUGCUUCUGCUGGGUAUGUUGAAUAUCAUUUUAUCACUUUUGAUAACCCACACUAACCUCUUUCAGCGCCUAUAAAAACAGCGAUGUAGAUGCCAGCAUCUACCCUCAAGACGCCAACAGCAUGGCACUUGCUUUCUCUGCCGCAGAUGCUUCCAAGAUGGGCACGAUCUCCAAAUCUCUGACCAAGAACUGGGGCCCCAUCGGCGCAGUCUGUCCCGAACUUCCCAAAAACAUCGUCGCCUUCGUCCAAUCCUUCGAGAUCAAAGGCCAUCUCAUAGCCCGCCAAGCCUCACGAGCAUUAGACCUCAUCCGUCGUUCCUGGGGAUGGUACCUCAAUCAUCCCGAUGGAACAGGAAGCACAACCAUCGAAGGCUAUCUCGCGGACGGCACCUUCGGGUACCGAUCCGAAUACGGCUACGCCAAUGAUUACAGCUACACCUCUCACGCUCACGGAUGGGGAACGGGUCCUACGGAUGCUCUCACCUCACUCGUUGUGGGAUUGCGAGUCACGCAACCAGCAGGUUCGAGUUGGGAACUUGCACCUCAGUUUGGUGACUUGUCACAUGCGGAGGCGGGCUUUGUUACGCCCCUAGGAAAAUUCGCUGCUUCGUGGACGUUGUUCAAUGGAGGGUACUCUCUCGGAUGGAGUGCCCCAGCAGGUACGAAGGGAGCCUUGGUCUUACCAGGGAAUGGCAGCGCGCAGCCCAAGGUCGCUGUCGAGGGCGGAAUGGUGAAGACGGAACAGGCGAAAUUCGAUGGAGAUUCGUCCACGUUGAUCAUGGAGGUCGAAGGGGAUGGGAAUAUCCGGGUUACCUUUUAGGUACGGAAAGAGAUGACUUUGCUUUCUUGCUUUGGGUUUGGGUUUCUUUUCAUGUUGUCAUAGGGAUUGAGAUGGGGAUGGAGAAUAGGGGUUAUACAGUACAUCUCCACCAGGCGAAUACGGGAUAGGUAUUUGAGGCCCUUUUGGGAGCUCUUCUUUUAGUGUUUUUCGGUAACUGACUGAGAUACCCCUUCAUUGAUACAAUGGACCAUGCAUGAUUUUUCUCG